AUGGAUAAUCAACAAAUUACGAGUUUUGCAACCAAACAUUUGCCCAGUUUUCAUGGCUUAAACAAGAAGUUAAUAGCGUUCAAUGCAAAUGUCAUGAACAUACUUUAUUGGCAUUUCGUUCUUGCCUUCCGCCAGGCACAACGUCUUCUUUUAAGAACGAAAUAUAAUAAAAAGAAAUCAUAUUUCAUGUUGAAUAUCAAUAAUAAUAAUUUCACCCAUGCGUGA